AUGUCGGACAGCGGCCAGAGCCCAGCCCCCCCCGGGCGGCGCCGCUGGGCGCGGGAGAAGGAGCCAGAAGGGGGCGGGGACCGCAGGGAUGGGGAGGAGCCAGCGGUGCUGCCGAAGCCUCCAAUCAUCCUGACCAAGCCUCCUGCAGACAGGCCACAGGCAAAGGCGGGGCCUGGCAUGGGCCCUCCCCCCCCAGCCCCUCCCAUUGUGCUGAUGGGGAGGGGGGGAGGGGCAGGGGCGGCGGCGGGAGGGGAGGGGCCAGGGGCUGCCCCCCCCCGCGAGAGGGAGGGGCCAAGGCCUCCCCAGCCUCUGUACAGCCUCCAGGGAAGGGGACUCGGCCCCCCCGCGGGGGUGGAUGCCGGCGCCGGCCAGUCCCGAUUGGCUGCCCCGGAGAAGAUGAAGAGCAGCAUCAAGCUGGUGGACGAGCAAAUGAACUGGUGUGACAGCGCCCUCGAGUUCCUGCUGGAGCAAACGGACGUGCUGGUGGUCGGCGCCCUGGGGCUGCAGGGCACCGGGAAGUCGACUCUGCUCUCCCUGCUGGCUGCCAACCAGCCCGACGAGGACCCCCGGUCCUUCGUGUUCCGGCCGGGGGGCCCCGAGCUGCGGGAGCGAGGGGGGAGCCAGACUGGGGGCAUCGACCUCUUCGUCACCCAGGAGAGGGUGGUCUUCCUCGACACCCAGGUCAAUUAGCCGCUCAUUAACGCUAAUUAGCCCUUCAUUAGCGCCCGU